AUGCAGUUCAUGAAGAAAAAAGACUGGCUCAUUUCAGCACUCUUUACUUUCACAUUUCCUAUUUUCAUCUCACACCUAUAUUGCGCUGUAUUUCCGUUAAAUGUCGAUGACACUGUACAUGGCUUUGUAAAUGAAAGCUUUUUACAAGUCUACGACACAUUUCGUGAGAACUUUGCUUAUGGUUAUGAAAGAGAUGGAGCCUCAGUAGCUGUAUAUCACAAAAGUCAAUUGGUUGUACAUUUAUGGGGAGGAUGGGCUGAUCGAGAAAAGAAAACCCCUUGGUUACCAUCGACAAGAGCCGCUUAUUUUUCGGCGACAAAGGCAAUUGCUUCGCUUUGCAUGGCGCUACUUGUGGAUAAAGGAAAGAUUGAAUAUGACGAUCUUGUCACAAAACAUUGGCCUGAAUAUGGGCAAUUUGGCAAAAAUCGAACAACUAUAGAAGAUAUUUUGACGCAUAAGGCUGGUUUGCCGUAUCUGGAAGAAGCCAUAUUACUUGAACAUGUUGACGAUUCAUUGAUUUGGAUGAAGAUGUUUGAGAAAGCAAAACCUUUAUGGGAACCUGGAACUGCUUCAGGUUACCAUCCAGUAACUUUUGGUUUCCUUGUGGAUGGAAUUCUGCGAAAAGUUGAUGGGCGAAGUUUGCAGAUAUUCUUUCAUGAGGAAAUCGCUCAACCCUAUGGUUUGAACCUCCGAAUUGGGAAUGUUUUGUCAGAAGCUCACCAUGUUGCUAAAAUCACACAACCAAGCCUUUCGGAAUAUUUUGAAACCGUUGUAAAGGAUCCACGAAUCUUGUUUAUGUUGUCUUUUCUUUUUUUGCGGCCAUUUGAUGAUAUAAUUCAUCGCAUUCAAAGCAACCCUAGUUGGCUAAUCAUGGACACGCAAACUGUUGCUUUAAAUGAUCCACACAUUCUCAAAUUGAAUCUCCCAGCAGUGACAGGAGUGGGAACUGCUGACUCGUUUGCUCGAUUGUUCAGUUUGGCCAUCGAUGGAACACUUUUGUCAAACGAGACCUUAACACAUUUGAAAGAGCCUACACUUAAUAGCUGGCACUUUGAGCGAACAGUUGUUUGGCCAGUCUUGAAAGGAAGAGGAUUUUUCUAUGAGCCCCAUCCAUUCAUUAAAGAUGCCUAUUUGUUUGGACACCCAGGCUAUGGGGGUCAGCAGAUAAUCGUGGAUCUUCAUACACAGACCACGAUGGUUUACGUGAGCAAUGGACUAAAGACAGGGUCCGGAGAAUUAUGCAAAACAUACAUGAGACUUUUCAAAGCAACUUAUAGAAGUCUUUCUCAAAAGGGAUCGAUC